AUGACACCCAAAAGUAACUUGUCGAAGGCGAAGGCUGGCCACGAAUGCCUCGCUGCUCAUCGCAUCGGGAAUACGCGAUCUUGUGCCGUCUUGCUGGGGUUGGUUGUUGGAGGACUGUUCGAAGGGGCUAAUGUCGGUGGAAACUGGCUCAUUUACGUGGCAUGGUCACGGACCACACAACUAGCACUAGAUCCUCAAGGCCUUUCUGAGCACUAUUACUCGAUACUCUUUUCAAUCUCUGCUUGGACUGCGGCGAGUGCUGUGAUGGUAAUCUCGAUUGCGUGCUUGCUCCGCACCAUGAUGACGUCCACUGCAUUCUUGGGCAUGAACAACAGCCAUGACACGGCACGUCGAAUUCUGAACGAGCACGUCUCCUCAAUGGAUCAAUUUUUCGCCAUUGGCGUUGCGAUGGGUUUUGGGCUGUGGUGGUGCCUAGCCGACCUCCUCAUUGUUUGUACUCGCGGUGUUUAUCAAAGUUGUUCCAUCAUAGCUGGGGCCCUCGUGUGUUACGCGAUUGCAGUUCGAGAGUCAAAGCAACUACUAGAGACCGAAGCAGAGUUUGAUCUGGACGAAGAUAAGGAGCACAACGAGGAGACAUUGCUGCUGCUUUGA